AUGACCAAGUUCAAGCGUCAUGCGCAAUCGCAGCCAAAGCAUGGGCCGCCGCCAGCCAGCGGUGCAUCCAAGGCACCGGUUGCACCACCAGUUCGCCGCCCCGGAUGGACUGGACCAAGCUAUAUACGGAAAGUCGUCAAAAAGACGCCUGCAGCGGUCAAACAGGAUAGCUCGAUAGAACAGAUCCAGAUUCUAUCUGUGAAGCAUCAACAACUCAUUCUUGACACAAUCAGAACAGCAUUUCCCGCUGUUGAUGAGUUCAGUGCAUUGACUCCAGUGUUACGUUCCGUCAGGGAAGCCCUCGAGCAACAGGACUACGGCAAGGCUUUCGGGACUGAGGAGUUCUUGGAGGCAUAUACCAUUCGUUGGAGUCCCAGUAGAGCUUUGACAACUGCCAAUGUGUUGGCUUGGAUGUGCAGUGCGAUGAGUGAGACUGCAUGGGUUCAAGAGUUCCUUCACAACGACAGAGAGAAGCCAUCCAAGAUCUUGUGCAUUGGGCGAGGAGGAUCUGACUUGUUAGCAUGUGCGACAUUGCUCAAGCACUCUCAUCAAAGCAAAGUCGACCAAGUUCCCUACGAGGGCAGUGCUAUGGUUGAUCUCAGCCUCAUCGAUAGACACGACUGGUCAGGUGUUGUCACAAAACUACAACACACUCUCACACACGCUCCCCCUCUUUCUAAAUAUGCAACCGCCAAGGCACACGCUGCCAAUGUCCCUGCCAUCCCAUCUCAACUCUUGAACCUAGCAGUCAACCAGCUCGACAUCCUUGAAGGUGAAGGUACAGAUCUACCUGUGAUGAUUGGGCCCAACCCGGCACUUAUCACUCUCUUCUUUACGCUACACGAACUCUACUCAGUCUCAAUAUCCAAGACGACGGCUUUCUUAUUGAGAUUGACGUCUGCCGCGCCUAAAGGAAGCCUGUUGCUUGUUGUAGAUAGCCCUGAAGCUGAUGUUGCACUACCUGAUAGUAGCAACAAGGGACAGGAGAAGAGAUACCCUGUUGAGUGGCUACUUUACCAAGCUUUGCUACCAGCCAAGGGCAGGGAUUCAGAGAAGGAGGAGGAGCAUCAGCCAGCGUGGACGAAACUUGUUCAAGGUGGCCAUGAGAAGGAGUACAAGUUACCUACAGAACUGAGAUAUCCAGGAAGUUUAGAGAACACUAGACUCCAGGUACAUCUACUGGAGCGCCUAUGA